AUGCCCGUAUUAGACGCGGGAAAAUUUCUUGAUACAUUUAAAAAUAGAAGAAGAGUGUUUGGUCCCGUGAACUGUAAGAAAAGCGAUGCCGUGUGCCUGGUCUGUGGAGACCGGGCUUCUGGAAAGCACUAUGGUGUUCUUAGCUGUGACGGAUGUCGUGGAUUCUUCAAGCGAAGCAUCCGAAGAAACCUUGACUACGUAUGUAAGGAAUCUGGCGCAUGUGUCGUUGAUAUUGCUCGUCGGAAUCAAUGCCAGGCAUGUCGCUUCAGGAAAUGCCUAGAUAUGAAGAUGAACAAAGAUGGUCACGCUCGGAAUGGAGCAGAACAAGAUGCCAAAGAUAGUAUCAAUAUGGACUCCAGUGGGAAUGCGAAAGCCUGGGCGGCCUGGCGGGAGACAAGAGAAAGUGAGCCGAGAGGAAUGGAUAUUGGAUGGGAUAAUGGACAAGGAGAGCCACUAAAGACCGAAUAA